GUAAAUUGUUUAUUACCAAUUGACAUAUGACAGUUAACUUAUGUUCGUUAUGAUGAAAUUCAGUGUCACAACUAAAUUUUUAUUAAUCGUUUUGUAAACCUAUUUGUGUAAAAAUAGUGUCGAAUAAGUUUAUAUCUAAAUCUGAAAAUUACGGUGAAGAUCUGGGAUUGCCAAUAAAGUGUAAAACAUGGCUGACGAUGUUCCGGUAAAUAACGAAAAAUCUAAUAAUGAACCCAACGAAGCUCUAGAUAAUACUUCAUCAACAAAAAUUACAGUACAUGUUAAAACUCCUAAAGACAAAGAAUCAUUUCAAGUCGAAGAGGAUUGCAGUGUGAAAGAAUUUAAAGAGGUCAUUCGAAAGAAAUUUACGGCCGAACCAGAUCAACUGUGCUUGAUAUUUGCAGGAAAAAUUAUGAAAGAUCAAGAGACUUUGAAACAACAUAAUAUCAAAGAUGGUCUCACUAUUCAUUUGGUUAUUAGAGCGGCACAAAGAUCUACACCUAAUACUACGACUACCACUGAACCCACCUCAACUCGUGCACCAGAUCCUGCUCCAAAUCCAUUUGGAAAUUUUGGUGGUUUAGGAGGCUUGGGUAGCUUACCAAGACUGGAUCAAUUAGGACUAGGUACCAAUAUGGCAGAUUUACAAUCCAGAAUGCAGAAUGAAAUACUACAAAAUCCAGAUAUGAUAAGAAACAUUUUAGACAACCCACUAGUACAGAGAAUAAUGAAUGAUCCCGAAAAUAUGCGAACUUUAUUGACAAGAAAUCCUCAGAUGCAAGAACUAAUGGAGCGCAAUCCUGAAAUCAGUCACAUGCUCAACAAUCCAGAACUUUUAAGGCAAACUAUGGAAUUGGCAAGAAAUCCUUCAAUGUUACAGGAAUUGAUGAGAACCCAUGACAGAGCUAUUAGUAAUUUGGAAAGUAUUCCUGGAGGUUAUAAUGCUCUACAAAGAAUGUAUCGAGAUAUUCAAGAACCUAUGCUUUCAGCUACUGCAGAUCAAUUUGUUAGAAAUCCUUUUGCAGGGUUAGUGGACAAUACUUCUACAAAUAAUCCCCAACAAGGAAGAGAAAACACAGAACCUUUACCAAAUCCUUGGAACCCUCAAAGAUCUAAUACCAAUACUUCAAAUAACACCAAUACUAAUAGAUCGACUCCUCCCUCAAUAUCUAGUCUACUUCAAAAUUUGGGAGGUACUGGAGGUACAGAAGCUACACCUGAUCCUACUAACAUGCAGCCGUUCAUGGAGACCAUGCAGCCAUUUUUGGAUGCAGUGGCACAAGAUGUUGGCUUAGUUGAAAAUAUUAUUAGCAGCAAUCCAUUGCUACAAGAUAAUCCUGAAAUAAGACAACAAUUGAGGACUGUGAUGCCACAGAUUAUGCAACAGUUGCAAAAUCCAGAGAUGAUGAAUUUGAUGACAAAUAGUAAUGCUAUGAAUGCAGUUAUGCAAAUUCAGCAAGGAUUAGAUACACUUAGACAGACUGCUCCUGGAUUAAUGGGUAAUCUUGUUCCUGGAAUAGUACCAUCUACUAAUUCCGGCUCUAACAAUACUUCUCAAAAUAGUACUACCAGUCCAACUACUGGAACUACCACUACCACUACUACUUCGCAGCUACAAACAAAUGCAUUUUCAGAGAUGUUGGCUAUGAUGGGAGGACGUCAGGAUAGUGUAGUACCACCAGAACAGAGAUAUCAGAGGCAACUUGAACAACUUACCGCAAUGGGCUUUAUGAAUAGAGAAGCAAAUUUACAGGCCUUAAUCGCCACCUUUGGGGACGUCAAUGCUGCAGUAGAACGACUACUGGCACUAGGUCAGCUAACUAUGAGCUAACCUUUUUGAAAUAAAUUUCCAAAUGUUUUAUCAUAUAUUCCCUUUACAUUAUUUUUCAUUUGAUAGUUUAUUAUUGUUUUUAAACUUUUGAUUAGAUUACCUAAUCUAAACAUCUUGAUUUGUUUCGUUUUUAUCUAUCUGCAUUUCUAUCAUCUUCAUAUGAUCUCUAGUAUACAUUCAAGGUUUUACAUUUACGAGCUUCUGCCUACUGCUUCAGCUACAUUCAUUAUUAAGUGUUAAGGUAAUUAACUUAAUAGUUUCAAUUUUAUUAACCAGCAUCAUUAGCCACUUAUUAUUUCAUGAUUUUGCAAAAUAUAUAACUAACGAUUCCACUUAAAAUACGAGCUAAAUUAAGGCAUCCUAAGAUGUUCUAUUUAAAACAUUGUUAAUAUUGAGUAACAUGGCAAAAAGAAACAAACCAAGAUGGAAUAAAUGUCAACAUUCUGAAAAAGUCAGUAGUAAUUCUGGUAUAUUUACAUUUAUAUUUCAAAAAAAAUGUAAAUUAUCAAAUUAUACAGAUGUAGUGAACUAAGACUGGUUAAUUCAUAAGUUGAACCAUUUAAUACAAAAUUAGAUAUGCCUCAUUUAUCUUCGGCCUUAAACAUGGACGAUGAGCAAGCAAAAACGCCUUUGACAUUCUGUGGAAUUGCUUGAUGUUAAAGGAUUUAUCCAUAAAAUUAUACGCAUUUCAAGAAACUUGUAUUUAUGUAACACAACAAGUUAAGCAUAAUCAGUUGAAAGUGUAGUCAGCAGAAAUUUUUAUCAAAAUUGUUCUUUCAAGUAAAUGGAACUAAAUUCAUUCUAUAUCAGAACAAUACAUUGUGGAUGCCUACUAUCUUGUUGGCUUUUGUCUAUUUUUUGAAAUUUAGCAAUAAAUGAUUGUAUACCAUUGACAAUUUUAUUCCUUAUAGAAAUAAUGGUAUCUAGUGGUUUCAUAACUUUAGUCUAAUUGGUGUUUUAUAUCACCAUGUAUAACAAUACAGGUUUCAUUUGAACGUAUGGCUAUGUUCAAUCAAUGAAAUUUUGAUGUUGCACAAUCUUCCAUUGUAAAUUGUGCGAUACAAUGUGUAUAUAUGAAACUUUCAAAAUUGAUCAUUGGUUUUCAUAACAUUUAAUCUUAAUGAUUUUGAAGUAGUUUGGCAACUUAUUUUCCAUUUGACAUUUUUUAUUGUAACAAUAUUGAAAUCAGUGUGCCAAAAGAUGAAACAGUCAAAUAUAUAAUUAGCCAUUUAUUCACUUUAUUGAAUGUCCAAUACUUUCAGUGUAUAUACCAAAAAUUACAGUAUCAAUCCUUGAAACAUCAUUUUUAACGAGUGUUGAUAUUUAAUUUUUCCGACGACCUAAAAGAUAUUUCGCUCUAUUACCUAAUGCAGAAAGCUCUGCAAUUUGAAUCAGUAUGAAAUGAUAUUUUCUUUCCUUGCUAGUUAAUAGGGCAAAACAUUAAGUAUUUCAUUGUUGGAAAAGUAUAGUGUAAAAUACGUGUCAUUUUGUCUACUUGUAUGAAAUAUCCAGUUUCUAUACGUGUUUUACACUAUACUAUUUUUAAUUAACGUUAACGAUUAUAUAGCAAUUUUGUAAAUUAUCCAUAGUCAUGUUGGGGUUUUUAAAAUGCACCACUUAACGAAAAUAUUUUAUUUUCUGCUAAUGUUAUUUUUCAAUUUUUGUUUCAUUAUAAUCUUGGCCAAUCUAAAACUUCAAACAAAAUCAAAGUUACCAUUCGUAUAUAUAGCUCCAGUUUAAUAAAUGAAAUGAGUAAAUUUUUAUGAGGGAUUUAAUAAUAGUUAUGCUCAGUAAUGAAAUGUGGGUAAUCUAACUGUUUUAUAUUUUAUAAUUGAAGUGUUAAUAAAUAAAAAGUGUAAAAGUUAUCAGAACUAGUAAUUAAAGUUCUUUAAUAAUUAUAUUGUAAUUCCAUAUUAAAAUGUAUUAGUUUAAAAGUCUUUCCAAAAAAUGCUGCGAGGGAGGAAAUUAUUGGCCAAAGUGUCUAAAUAAAUUGUUUUAUUUUAAUUAAUAAAUUUCAGUAUUAGUACUAAGUGGAAAAAUAUUUUUCAGACUCUCAAUGAGGCAUGUAAAGGUGAUACAAUGGGUGUUUAAAAGGCCUGUUUUGUAAUUAUCCUUAGUUAAUCAUUGUUAUGUAUACUUGAACUUUCCAGUAGUAGCAAAAAUCGAAAUAUGGUACUGUUAAAAUAUGUUAGAUUACAAUAUAUUUCUAAAUUCAAUGUAAAUUGGUAUAUUUAUAUGAAAUUAUUAGAUUCCUUUUUGAAAUGAAGAUGAUAUAAGUGGUUUAGAAAUAUGUAUUGUACCAUUUUACCCUUUCCCAUUAAUUUCCAUUUUUGAAUUACUAUUUUAAUUGUUUUGUCUUUUUAGAAAAUUUUAUUGAUUUGAAUGUAAAAUGGCGCAAUUCUAUUAUUUAUUUUCAAAUAAAAACAACUGAAUGUUGAUAAA